AGCAGGCGGUCCAUCCCCCGGCAGCAGCAGCAGCAGCAGCGCAGAGGAGACGGAGUGACAGCGCCUUUCUCUGCUCUUUUACAUGAUUAAAACACUACACGGAGAGGAACACGCGCACGGAUCGAUAGAAACACAUCUUUAACACACAGUCCGUCAUGGAGUCCUAUGACAUUUUAGCUAACCAGCCCGUUGUGAUUGAUAAUGGUUCAGGGGUUAUCAAAGCUGGCUUUGCAGGUGACCAGAUCCCCAAAUACUGCUUCCCUAACUAUGUGGGGCGUCCCAAGCAUGUGCGCGUGAUGGCAGGAGCCCUGGAGGGAGACCUCUUCAUCGGACCCAAGGCAGAGGAGCACAGGGGCUUGUUGUCGGUUCGGUAUCCGAUGGAGCACGGGAUCGUGAAUGACUGGAACGACAUGGAGAGGAUCUGGCAGUACGUUUAUUCCAAGGAGCAGCUGCAGACUUUCUCUGAGGAGCAUCCGGUCCUGCUGACUGAAGCUCCUCUCAACCCCAGUAAGAACAGGGAGAAGGCUGCAGAGGUUUUCUUUGAGACCUUCAACGUCCCUGCUCUCUUCAUCUCCAUGCAGGCUGUCCUCAGCUUGUACGCCACAGGUCGCACCACUGGUGUUGUGUUGGACUCAGGGGACGGUGUGACCCACGUCGUGCCCAUCUACGAGGGCUUUGCCAUCCCACACUCCAUCAUGCGCGUGGACAUCGCCGGGAGAGACGUGUCACGGUACCUCCGCCUGCUGCUCCGUAAGGAAGGCUACAACUUCAACACCUCGGCAGAGUUCGAGGUUGUUCGCACCGUCAAAGAGAGAGUCUGUUAUCUGUCUCUCAACCCGCAAAAGGACGAGACUUUAGAAACAGAGAAGGCGCAGUAUCCACUGCCUGAUGGAAGCACUUUAAACAUCGGUCCAGCCAGGUUCCGCGCUCCAGAGCUGCUGUUCAGACCCGACCUGAUCGGAGACGAGAGCUCGGGGAUCCACGAGGUCCUGGCGUAUGCCAUCCAGAAGUCUGACAUGGACCUCCGACGCACACUCUUCUCCACCAUAGUAUUGUGUGGCGGGUCGACCUUGAUCAAAGGCUUUGGGGAACGACUACUAACUGAAGUCAAGAAGCUCGCACCCAAAGACGUGAAGAUCAAGAUUUCUGCUCCCCAGGAGAGGCUCUACUCCACAUGGAUCGGUGGCUCUAUCCUGGCAUCGUUGGACACCUUUAAGAAGAUGUGGGUGUCGAAGCGAGAAUAUGAAGAAGACAGAGCACGUGCCAUCCACAGGAAGACCUUCUAGUCGGGGCCGUCGCCCUGCGAUCGCCCCCAGAACUGCCCUCAAUCUCCCCCGUCAUACUGUCAGAGACUCCUGCACCUGUCAUCUCCGGGUACCUCUGCAUCAUCCUUUAUCAACCCCUCCUUCUGCUUCUAAACCCCUGUCAGCCUCCUGCUUUACCCCCCCUCCACCUCCACCCAGAGAGACGCACACGAUCAUGUGUGCUAGUUUCCAUAUUUACCUCCUCCUCCAUCCUCCUGCUGUAGGGUGACACCACCCUCCAAACAUUCACAUCCAGAGGGCCGUCAGGGUAUCAGAGAGGGUUAGCACUGUGGACUCUUACUACAGUUCAUGCUAUUCUAUAAUUUAGUCCACUUUGAAGUAUUGGUAUCGCUCUCUUGCCUACAAAGCUCUGCAAGGUGUAGAAUAUCAUGAAAUGUCAAUAAACCUGAAUGUUUUUCUUUUUUUGCUACUGUUGAAAUUUCCAUUCCAGACCGAAGAUUUAGAUUUUUAUUUUAUGUCCAUUUUGUAGACUUUAUUUUCUGUUUCUGACCUGGAUUAGCUCGUACAGAACAAAGGUUUGAUAGCAGUGCUGUGUGAAUAUAGUGGUAGUGACAGUGAGCAGGUGAAAAGGCGAAGAUAACCACUGUAUUAUAUAUCUGGCCUAAACUGCACAGUUUCCACCUCGGAGCUAAAAGUUAACGCGGUUAAUUUAUCAUUCGACUUAUUGUUCUUUUCUGUCAUUAUUACCAAUGAAAUGUUUCUACAUGAACAUGACGUUACGUGUUUGUGUUGAGGACAAGUGUCAGCCUUUUGUCUCGGCUGACGGGAUUAAAACAAAGAGUAGAAAAAUGCCUUGAUUUUAUUAAUUUUUCUUUUUUUAAUCCAUCAUUGGGUUCCACGUUUACAGCAGCCAGGAUGCACUUAAAGGAGAAAUCUGGUAUUUUUCAGCCUGGGUCUUAUUCUCAUAAUUCUGACGUGUGUCGGGGGGGAACAGCACGAAGCUCCGAAUGCUUUCUGUAUGAACUUUAAAGUCACAAAAGUCAUUUGAAACACUCGUCUCAGAGUUCAGAUUAAAGACAGUAAUGGCUGAAGAGCUGCCUGUUCCAGGAGUCCAGUUUAUUUUCUGUCAUUGUUUAAGUUUUUUCAACAAUAACAGAAAACUCUGCUGGUUAGAGCACAGAGCGGUCUGCUUUAAUUUGACGUAAUUCACACCUGUCGUCCAGUUGGUGGCGUACGAAUAUUAAUUAGCUAUUUUCUAGUCUUGUCUUUAAACUCACGUGCAUGACCUUGUUGUCUUGCUGGCUUUAGCCAUUGAUUGGCUGUGUCGCUACAUACCAUCGCAAAAUGUCACGGUGUCUUAAGUCUCUUUGCAGGGUCGAUGUCCAUGCCCUUACAAACAGGUGUAGUGCUGCACAGUGCAACUGAAGGGGAGGAAACAGACUUUUCGCGGUUUGCAUAAUCUGGUUGAACUUCAUUUUUUAAGUGUUUGAAGAUCACUGAAGUGUCUGUCAUGCAAGAGAAAAUAAAAACCAAUGGUCAGCGUUGUCAUAUUGACAUUUAAAGUGUGUUGAUUGAUUCACGACGUCAACUCAUGCACUGAGUAACACGCAGGAAAACAUUCGACCUUAAAAGUUGUCGGUAGCUUCUGGCAGUAGCCUUUGAGUGGCGCAGUGAGUUAAAUUAAUUUUUCUUAGUCUAUAGCUGCUAACGUGAACUAUUAAAGAUGAAACGGCAGCCAAACAUCCUUUUAUUUAUAGUUACAGUCGACUAAUAAAUGUAAACUUGCCACUGUAGAAACAGCAAUUGUAUAACCUUCGAAAACAAGCCACAGUUUGACCAUGUGUGUGCAGCAUAGGUGCACCCGGGAACCUAAACCAAUAGCACCACAUCCUGGUUAUGAAUGCAGAAUCACAAAGCCUGUUUUGUAUGUAUUAAUUUUAGAAAAUAAAAAUGAAUGAAUGAAAAUUAAAUGCUGUUAAAUAUGUCUGACUAUCAUUGAAAAAUUAAAAUUAAAAUGACAGAUGUAAAAACAGAUCUAUGACGUUUCAUUUCCCCCAUGGGACCUUGUUUUGGAUAAAGUAAUCAGUUGUUUGAUCCUGCUUGAAUUUUGCUUUAAAUUACACAUUUGUAAAUUUAGAAAAUAAUUUUGCAAGCCAAGAAAGUCACAGUUUGUCCCAGUACUAUUUAGUUUUAUGUCAAACGGCUCAGUGAUCUACAUCUUUGAUCUCACAUGAUGCACGUCACCAACACGGACGUUACCUUGGCACAAAUGUAAACUUAUCUUACCUGAUGCGUUUUAUCCAGAGACUCCUGGUGUUUUUAUCAGCCGGGAAGCAAAAGAACGAGGAAAACCUGUCGCUGUUCGUCAGAGUACGUCCUGGUAUGAAACACGCAGGCAUGGUAGCUUCAGUUAGAAAGUUAUGACGUCACUUACGCAUCUUGUUUCGUCAUACUUCGUCAUUCUUUAACAGUUGUAUGACAAACUGCAACUUAUUUGACUUGGAAAACUUAUCUUUUAAAUUGGCAGUCGUGUGUAAUUCAUGGGGCAAUUCAAACAGGAUCAAAAUAAUUGUCUCGUCAUUGACUAUCGUACAAAUUUAUUCCUGUAAAAGGGUCCCAUGAUGGACUUUGCCUCCCUAUGUGACAUGAUUGUACUUCAGCCAAGUCAAAGAGAAUUGUUUGGACUCAAAAAGUGUUUGAAAUAUUUCCGAAUAACUGAAGUUUAUUUGGAGAGUGCAGGAGGCUCGUGCUGUUUGUCCCAACAUGAUUUUUUGGGGAGCUUCUUGAAUCUGCAACAGAUGAAAAGUGUUAAAGACUGGAGUCAGUCCUCGGAUUAAAACCCAGGCUGAAAAUCUCUAUUUUUUCCUUUAAAUGUUUUACGUGUAACAUUCAGCUGAUAUGAUAAACAAGUAGCUGUUCCCCACUUGUCUAUUUGAGGCUUUACUCAGAUGCAUGUCAGUUAAUCGUGUACAGUCAAAGAUCUCCACAGAGACAUGACACCAGGCACUGGAGUCUGGACGGUGAAACACUGAGAAAGCCAACAAUAGUUUUUGUAUUCUCCUCCUCCCCCCGUCUCUAUGUACUAGUAAAAGUCUGGAUCUUAUGAUUUACCUGCAUCUCGGUGACAGUGAAGGGGUCGUGUCCUCACCUGUGUCCGCCUUACUCCAGUGCGUCUGCGCUGGAGCGUCCACAUUGUCUGCUUUUGGGUGUUUUUAAAAAAGGUUACAAAAAAAAAGGCUGUAAAAUAUCAUCAGCCUUGUGUACAGUGGAAUGCUUUUCAAAAACAACCACCACAAACAAAAAACCAUAGGAUAACAGACUAAAAAUGUACAAUACUGUUUAUUCAAGUGUUUGCUUUUACUUUUCGUAAAUUCAAUAUAAUAAAUAAGUUAAUGGCUGCU